CGGGAGGAAAUCGGGAUUGAAAAGACCAGCGGUGGAAUAGCUCUGCCGUCGCCUAGCAACCGCCCUGACGCAACACGCACACACACACACAAAAGUCCCUUAAAAAAAUAAUAGUGCUGAGAAUUCACGGCAGCACGAGAGAAAGGGAGGGAGACGCUGGCUCAGCCUUGAAGACUGGUGAGGAGCCCAGACGCCGCCGCCGCCUGCCUCGGAGACCCCAGGACCCUCCUAGACGGCCUCCGCAGCCAAGCGCCCCUGGAGGGACAGGGAUGCAGCCAGUCUAACACCAGCCAGCUGCGCCUUGCCACCUGCCCUCCUCUGUGGGGAGGGAGCUCCGGGGGCUGCUUCCGGGGCCAGCCUCUGAUCUGCCUACAGCUCAAGCACUGAGAGAUCCUCUUGGCAAAGUCUCCCCCCAAAGAUGCCUGCUAACGCAUGUCUGUUCCUGCCUCUGUGAGAAGUCUGGAAGCCGCAGGACUCCAGGAAGUCUACAACCCGGAACCUGCGCAAGGCCACCAUACAGGCAUUCUCUGGGACGCAGGCUACAGUUGCUCUCCGGGUCUGGGAGCUGCCUACCCUUUGCGACCCACUCACAUCCUAGCAAUGCCUUUAGGGGCCUUGGCCCCAGCUGGGUGAAGCCACUCCGAAGCAAGAGAGGACGGAUCCUACCUUACCUCCCACCAGGAGUUCCACCCUGCCACAGACCGACCGCAUCCGCUGCCUGGCCAUCGGGCAGAAGGCAGAAUGUCUGUGCCCCAAAUCCAAAUAGAAGAAGUGGCUGGGGAGGAAGGGCCAGCAGGAACAGACGUGCCUGCGGAUGACCACCUCCGCAGCCUGAAGGCCCUCACGGAGAAACUGAGGCUGGAGACGCGCCGGCCCUCCUAUCUGGAGUGGCAGGCCAAGCUGGAGGAGCAGACGUGGACCUUCCCUAGGCCAGCUGCCCAGCAGGAGGCCAGCCCAGAGCAGCCACAAUGUGGGGAGGAGUCCUCCCUCCCCCCGAGGGAGCCCAGGCCACAGCCUCCCCCCGAUGGGCGAGCUGGCCAAGGCCAGGGGCCCCUUGCCACCAGCAAGCUGAAUGGCUUUGAAAGUAUCGACGCAGCGAUAGCCUGGCUCAGGAGAGAACUGACAGAGAUGCGGCUGCAGGACCAGCAGUUGGCAAGACAGCUCAUGCGCCUGCGCAGUGACAUUAACAAGCUAAAGAUUGAGCAGACCUGCCACCUCCACAGGAGAAUGCUCAAUGAUGCUACCUAUGAGCUGGAGGAGAGGGACGAGCUGUCCGACCUCAUCUGUGACUCCCCUCUCACCUCCUACUUCAGCCUCUCCACCCCACUCAAGCUCAUCGGUGUCACCAAGAUGAACAUCAACUCCAGAAGAUUCUCUCUCUGCUGAGAAAGCCUGCAGGUGGGCAGUGGAGUGGUACUGGGGUCUCCCCAGAGCCAGGGCACACCUUGAACAGAUCUGCCGUGCUUCUCCAAGACCCACCCCCAGGACCUGUUGGAAGGUGUUCUCUCAGGGGCCCCAGCUGGGGAAACCCAGCAGCCCCAUAACUGGCCCUUCAUUUAACACCCACAGAUUCCACGGAAGGGUCACUAUCGCCAGAAGGGAGAUGAGAACUGGGGUCCCAGUACAAUCCAUAGCAGUCCUGUCCUCAGGCUGGGAUCCCAAAAGGAGGGGUUCCCAGGAGAAGGUCUCCCAGUGGCAUGGAGCUCCCAGAGGGGAAGGUGGCUAGAUAUGUUGGAUAUGUGCACCAUGUUGAUGUCCUCUAAGGCUACAGUUGACCUUCAAUGGAUGACUCAGCAGUCUUGAUGGGGACACACUGGGGGAGAAACCCAAAGGCAUCACACUGUGAAGCUUGGGCCACAGGUGCCCCAGCCUGGCAGCCAGUACCCCUGGAGAACACGCAUCAGCCUUUGCUCUCACCAUGACAAGGCCAUUCCGUUUGUGUCUGUGUGGCUCAAUACAUGCAAUGGGCACACACCCAUGCAGGUGGGGCCAAAUGAGCUAUUUCAAUCAUAACUUCCAAAGAGCUUCCUUGCUGCCCCCUCCACAACCCGGAGAGUGCCUCGGAAACUCUUGGUGAUAGAACCAGGCAGCAUAAUAAACAGAUUUACCAUAAUUCUCCUCUGGGAGACAGCAUCACCUACUUGACCUUACAGUUGCCUCCCUAGAGAAUGACUGAGGGGGCCAGAGCUUGUCUUGAGCCUCCUCGGAGAUUCUGUGCCUGACCGGACAACUGACUUCAGUUGACCUGUCUGUUGCUAACUUGUAAAUAUCUGUUUACCACCACCACCAUGCCUCCCCUCCCCCCAGCCCCAGAGAGAAAACGUUUGGGUAGGUCAAGUGCAGAGCCCACGUAUUUGACCUUAAGAGACUUUCCCUAACAACAAGUUGAAAACUGAAACCUCAACAGGUUAGGAAAAUUAAUACCAUUAAUGGUGAGUGGUUGAUGUCACACCAUAUGGUCCUCCACCCACCUAGUCCAAUUGUAAAAUCAUGGGGGCAGUUUUAAUCAUAGAUGCCACCUAGUCUUGCCCUCCCAUUCAAAAAAGGAGUUAGCGGAAACCCAGAGAAGGAAACUGAGUUCCUUUAAAUCACACAGUUAUUCAGCAGCUGUAGGACAGUGAUGUGUUUAAUCAUGACUAAUCAAACCCCAAAGAUGGCUGCACUGCUUUGCUAACCCUGCCAAUGGCCACAUCCCCGACUCUCAACCUACUCAGCCUCACUCACCCUCCCACCUUGAAAUUCAAAUACUCAGGUCAAACCCGUGCAGGGUCUGGACAGUGGACCUACAGGACAUGUAGUGGCCUCGCAGGACAGGCAUCCCCAUCGAUAGUCCAAGUUCAGCGUCCUGCUUCCCCAGCUUCAUAGCUAGUCCUUUCAUACACACACACACACACACACACACACACACACACCUGGGAGAUGUUGCUGUUCUUUGGUGAGCUGAGUGUGGGAGGAUGCAAAUAAAUAGUCCCUAGUUAGACAGAAAGCAACUUGGUCAUUUCUGGGUGGUUCCAAAGGGGUGGAUGCUUCCUCAAAGAAGGUCAAACAACAUAGUAAGAUGUUUUCUUGCUCUAAUCUGAGUAAGAAGAGAUGUCUGAGGCCCAAAGGGCCCCAUUUAGAGGACCACAGUGGAGAGGCAUGUUCUCUGACCAUGCAGGAAGGGAGGGAGGCAAGUCUCUCCUCAGGGACGAUGCACAAGCGCUGCCAAGCCUGAAAGAAGCAUUCCUCCCAGAAUUCUUCACGAACACACCCUUGAGGCAGCAUGGUGUCAUUGCCCGAGUCUGCCUGCACUUACCCACGCACAUGCAAAGAACAUACAGUAAACAUUGAACCCAUUUUACAGAAUUUUUAAAUCACUUACUAUAGUAAAAGAUGAGUGGUUGACUUGCCCAGUUAGUCUAAUGUUCCUGUCUUUGUUUUUAGAGAGGAGAUUAAGAUCAAGACAUGGUGAUUUUUCUUAGUCCAGCCCAAGUGAAUUCUAUUUGGGAUAAGGAGGGCAAAGAGGAGGGGGCAAAGACAGGGAAGCUUUCUUGCAGUACAUUGUUAGUGCUCUUACUUUCCACAACUUCCCGAACUAGGAACCUUGUUCAGCCUCGGGGGUCACUGCUUUGUAAGGGCCGAUGCCUAUGGGUCUCAGCCACGCCAGCCUAACCUGACCGGCUGCCCAGGGCAGCGUCCUGGCUUCCAUUGUGUAUACAAUGCGGUUUGUAGCUCUGGUCAUCAUCAAGCCACCUCUCCACCGGCCCCAAGUAUGCCCUGGGCGCACCCUAUGACAUCCCUGUGGGCACUGCCGUGUGUGGUGACGUCAGAUGCCUUCGUAAGUCCAGUAGCAAUCACUAAAGCCGGGGCAGGCGUGGCGACAUCUCACCCAGGCUGAGCGAGGCCUCCUCCCUGUGUCUUCUAGCAAUACCAAGUGCUAUUACAUAGUUUAUGGACAAUUUAUAAUUGUAUUUUUAUGAGUAUGUGUUUCUAUAUUGCUGGUAGAACAAAGUGAAAUAAAAUGCAUUUCAAAAGAUACCCAUCUAAUGAGGAAAAAUGUG